AGCGUGAAGAUGUUUCUCUCUGCGAUUUUUGUGAUUUUCGUGAGUUUUGUGUUGUACCAUUUGUGGAUCAGGAGGGAAAUGUUUAAAUUAUCACUGAAAAUGCCUGGACCAUUUAUGCUGCCAAUUUUGGGGAAUGUCCACGUAUUCCACGUAUGGGCUGGGAAAACCUGCGAGGAAUUUAUAACUAUUGUCCUGAAAAUAGCUAGUAAAUUCGCUAAUCCAUUCCAUUUCUGGUUGGGUACUGAGCUAUAUGUGGUUAUAUCGCAACCUGAAGAUAUGAAAGUGGUAUUGAAUGCUACAGAAUGCCUCGGUAGAGGUUCAGUGUACCAAUUUAUUCCACCAGUCCUUGGUGAUGGAGUCCUAACCAUGGAAGUGCAAAAUUGGAAGCGACAUCGUAAAUUCAUGAAUCCCUCCUUCAGUGUGAGCAUCUUGCAGAGUUUCUGUCCAAUUUUCAAUGAGAAGGCAAAGUUGCUUGUGAAACGUGUUCAUAAAUUUAUGGAAGAAAAUUCACAGCCUGUGGAUUUUUAUUCAUUUAUGGAAGCUUUUUCUCUGGAUACAGUUUGCGAAACGACAAUGGGGUCAAAGAUGAACAUUCAAGAAGGUCAAAAUACAGAAUAUCUCAAGGGAGCCAAUGAUUUGAUGAUCUGUAUGGCGAAGCGUACAUUAAAUCCAUUCUAUCACUUGGACUUCUUCUACAGAAGGAGUGCACUCUAUAAAUUGCAGGAGAGUGGUAAAAAAGUCGUUUUAGGUUUUGUAAGUAAAGUCGUGGAGAGGAAGAAGGAGCAAUUUUAUGCUACUAAAUCCAAUGCGGAACAUGAAGAAAAGGAUAGAUCAUCAAAUGUUCAUAUUGAUCAACUUCUCAGCUUAGCGGAUUGCAAUGAAAAGUUAUUCACAGAAGAAGAUGUUAAAACGGAAGCUGGAACACUUAUUCUUACGGGAUUCGAGUCAACAGCUCUGAGCCUCUCGUAUUGCAUCCUCAUGAUUGCUAUGCAUCCAAAUGUUCAAGAACGGCUAUACGAUGAAAUAAUUUCCGUUACAGGAAAUUCAUACAACAACGUAAACUACGAAGAUAUUGGAAAAUUUCGAUAUAUGGAACAGGUUAUAAAGGAAACUUUACGACUCUUCCCAGUAGUUCCAAUCGUGGCUAGAUCUGUUAGUGCUCCAUUUCAAUUAAAUUCCUACACAAUACCCAAAGGAGUUAAUAUUGUCUUGGCCUUUAUACUUAUGCAUCGAAAUAAAUCUCUCUGGGGGCCAGGUGCACACAACUUCGAUCCCGAACAUUUCUCAGACAGUUCCACCGAGAAGAUGCAUCCGUAUGCCUUCCUACCCUUCAGUGGUGGACCACGGAAUUGCAUGGGAAUAAAAUAUGCAUAUGUGGUAAUGAAAAUAGCUCUAAUGCAUCUUCUGAUUAAUUUUGAAUUCUCAACGGAACUUAAACUACAAGAUCUCACCCACCGCUUUGAAGUUACGCUGAAACUUGUGAAUAAACAUAUGGUUCGUAUGAGGGCACGAAAAGCUUAAAUUGCCUUCUAUAUUGAGUUCUAUUCCUCUCUGUAUACCGCUUUUAAUUGAUGUUCAAUAAUGGUGUCGAGGGGAGUACUACCUGUGUUUGUUUUUAAUUUAAAUUUUGGAUUAGAA